GAGCUCGAGCCUGCGGCGGCUGCCGCUGUCGCGGCGCCUGGGGCUGCUGGAGCUGGUGGACGCCGCGCGCCGCGCCGAGCCGCUGCUCCUCGGCCAGUCGCCGCGGGCCUCCAGCGCGGGCGGCGCGACGUCGCCCGGCCCAGGCGGCGGGUCGCAAGGCGGCGCGGGCAGCCCCGCCGGCUGCCUGCCGUGUUCCAGCGAGCAGCUCCCGGUGCCUGCGGAGGUCGGGCUGUCUCGCGGCCCGCUGGCGUCGUCGACGGCGUCGUUGGGUGCCAGCGAGCUCACCGACUUCAUCGAAGAGAAGCUGCGCGAGGCUGCGUGCUGGGAGGGCGAGGGGCGUGUGUGCGAGGGCAGCCAUCGUCUGUUGAAGGGCCGAACGAUGGGGGAGCGCUAG